UUCAAAAAAAUAAUUUGUCAAAAAUUUAUCGUGACAACCAAGCGAAACUCAAAGCUAAUUGAAAAAAUUUGGUUUUAUUAAAUUUGUCGCCAAAAAUUCUUGUUUUUAGUUAACAAAGCUAAGCUUAGUCUACUCGAAGGAGCUUUCGCUCAACACAAAUUCCUCGUAUUCUCUACAAGUAGAGUUAAAUCCUUUGUCAAAAAUAGAAGACAUGACGGAAGAAAAGCCGGCAGAACCUGCAGCACCAAAUCCUCCUUCACCAGCCACAGCACCAGUAGCAGAACCUGCUGGCUCUCCAAAUCUACCUCCUAAUCGAGCGGCAUUCUGGGCUCAUUUCCAAGAAUGGGCUGCAGUUCGUGCGAAACCGAAAAAACUCCAAUAUGUCAAACCACAUAUUGAACCAACCCGAUAUUCAAAACGUGGUCCAAUGAGCUCUGCAGAUUGGGAACGUUUUGGACAGUGGGUUGCCGACCGUGGAAGACCUAAACAAUAUCCACAGCUACCGGAAGUGAAAAGAAUGAAGUUUCCUAUCAGUCAACUUUUGAAAAGGAUAAAAGAACUGGCGAAACCAAGACGGAUAACGCCUAGAUAUAAGCUGAAAAAACGGAAGCGUCCCAAAUUUCGAUGUUUUGGUCCGGUAAACAUGAAGCAUAUUGCGAAAUUGGCGAGACCAAGAACAUGUGGUCGGUGUCCUGAAGUUAUUUUGGAAGUGAAACCUAUUCCGCGAUCAGCUCUAACAUACGUUCCUACCCCUCGGCUGAUUAAUCUGUCACGACCUAUGACUCUACCCCGUCCUCAGCACUGCGAAUAUAUUCCAAAACAAGAGGAAGAAUUACAGAAACGAAAAAAGAUGACCCAUCAUCAAAUGAUCUCCCAUCUAAUUCGUCUCGAAUAUUUAGCUGCUCCGGUCUAUCGUCCUAGCCCGGAAUCAGACGAGGAAAUUCAGCUAUCACGUCAAAAGAAACCUCUAAAAGAGCUCAUGCCUAGAAUUGAAGUAUUAUCCCAACCUAGACCUGAUUUUGCACCGAAGCCGGUUAAACGUCAACACAUGCCGCUUUCGUCGCUCGAAGGACGUAUGAAUGAAUUGGCUAAACCCAGGAAAUAUAAGGAAUAUAAGGGAGAUCCAUUUGAGGUUAAAAAGGCCGCAUUGACAGCGACGACAACUCCUAGAAUUGAAGAGCUGGCGAAACCUAAGCCAGAUUACUCGCAACAAGAUGAGCCUAAGAAGAAGUCUAGGAGGGUUAGAUAGGGACAGGGUAGAUAUUUGAAUUAUGACAUGUGAUCUGUUUAGACCUUAAAUUUGAAGUUUUUUUUUGAUUUGACAGUAAAUUGAAUAAUGUUCAAAACGGACUUUUACCGAGA